GCUACAACUGUGGUGGUCAGUUUUCCCACCAGCCCUUCUCGCAUUCACUUUCCCUUCUCGUUAUCUUGACUAUUGGCUACCGACUUCUGGAAGCUACCCAGUUACUGGGCAGUUAAAUUUGGUCUGACUUGUUGAUUUUCCAAUCUCAGGUCAGGGACACGUUAGUCGUGAAUGUACGGUAGCCCCUAAGGAAAAGUCAUGCUAUCGUUGUGGAGCCACUGGUCACAUUUCUCGCGAAUGUCCUCAGGCUGGCUCGGGCGAGAGCUACGGCGCUGCUGGUGGUAGUCAGGAGUGCUACAAGUGUGGCCGGGUCGGCCAUAUCGCGAGAAACUGUCCCCAGGGUGGCAGCUAUGGCGGUGGCUUUGGCGGCCGUCAGCAGACUUGCUACUCUUGUGGCGGCUUCGGCCACAUGGCUCGCGACUGCACUAAUGGCCAGAAGUGCUACAACUGCGGUGAAGUUGGACACGUUUCCCGCGAUUGCCCCACCGAAGCCAAGGGUGAACGCGUGUGUUACAACUGCAAGCAACCUGGACACGUUCAGGCUGCCUGCCCUAACUAGUUUGAAUGCACUCUGGACUGUUUGUCUUCUGUCACGAUGUCUCGCAUGGGACCAGACACAGGAAUAUGCACCUCGAUCGCGCCAUCAUUGACGAUCUGCAAUUCAUUUCUCCCGCUUUAUCCUGAAGCCAAUUUCUGACAUGGCAUACGAGCCUGGCUUUGAAUACCUCUAUCAACCCUAUCUGGUCUGUAUAGAUAUCCGAAGGAUAUCUAUUUCACCAUGAAGUUGUAUGAACGAUCUGCUGUCUUGCUUGGAGACAGUAAGGCUAGAUUGAGGACUGAUAGGUGCAUUGUGUUGCGGGUGGACAAAUAGAUGAAAUCACUUGUGUGCUGUGGAAGACUUUUGUCCACGAUAAUGGAAUUAUCUUAACGGCAAUCUACAUCGAUUCCACAGAACUUCUCCCUAUCUUGGACCUCCUUGCUGAAACAUUCGAUCUUUCUGCUUCAUUAUAUUCACCACAGAGCAAUUCGAGGGGCACCCUUCAUAGUGUCAUUAUCGAAUUGUUUCCAUCAUUGCGUAGUUUACUGCUCUCUAGAAGGCAGUGCAGGCUCUCGCUUUGAGGCAGUAUGUU